AUGGUUGCUGAACUUGGACAAUAUGUUCAUGCAAUUGGGACGGAUUCCUGCAAUUCGAUGGAACCCCGAAGUAUCAAAGCGAUUUACAUUGAACCUACAAAGGGACAACGUACUGGGCACCAAGUGCUCAACCUCAAUACUAAGAAGAUGAUUUCCCGACCCAAGGGCGUUGUACUACCCGUAACCGACCAAGUAAUCCAGCGUGUUGAAGCUUGGGCUGCUACCAAAGGUGUUACUUCCAUGAUGGAGACAUUUCAAGAUGGCGAUCAAAUCGCAGGAGUGGAUGACAGGGAACAAGGUUACUUAGAAGAAGCCUUUGAUCAGGACUAG